GAUGAAGAGAUGAGUAUAAGUUAAGAAACGAGACGCGACGCGACCCCUGACCCCGCCUGAAACUCCAGUCGUCUACGAGUAGCGGAAGUGGAUAAAGAUUUGUUUCCGGUUGUUGAAUCGGGGCGUCUUCCGUCCAGAUCCCCGGGCGCCGCGCUCGCUCGCGAUGUCGACGCUCACGAAGAGGCGCGCGAGCGCGGAGACGUGCGCGAAUUGCGGGAAGACCAGCGCCAAGCUCCUGAAGUGCCUCGGGUGCAAGUCCGCGUUGCGAGGUCGACGCUACUGCGAUAAGAAAUGCCAGAAGAAGCACUUCAGCAAGGAACACAAGGACGAAUGCCGUCUCGUGGACUUGAAAGCCGCCGCGGACGACGCGAAGGACGCGUACAUGAAAGCGAUGAGGAAGGCGGAGAAAGAGAUCGCCGCGCGCGACCGCGACAAGGCGAACAAACACUUCCGCGAGGCGAUCGAAGCGUGCGAAGACGCCCGCGAGCGAUACAAAAAGUUGGGCCCGAGAGCGCUCGGCAUGGAGCUCGAACUGUGCGUCACGCUGUGCACCUGCCACGUCAACCUCGGCGAGUACGACGCCGCGGAGCCGUACGUCGAAGCCGCGCUCUUAGCCGGCGAGGUCGCGAAGACGGUGAAGAUAGAACCCGACGGCGUCGAGGAGCCUCUGUGGUGCGGGCAAGGGCAAAGGAUCUGCGGCGAGAGCACGACGGACGCCGACGGGGACCCGCGCGCGACGCAGGAGACGUACGACGACAUGAUCGAGAAGUGCAUAGCGUCGGCGUGGCACGCGCGGCACGGCGCGAGGAUGUCGGCCGCGAUCAAGGGCGAGAUCAUCGCGCAGUGCGCGGUGUGCGGGGAAGACGUCGAGGGAUUGGAGGCGGAUCCGAAUCUGUUGACGUGCGACGCGCUGAGCUGCCGCCACCUGGUGCACGCGAAGUGCCUGCCGAACGGGAUGGCGGACUUCCGGCCGCGCGACCGCGGCUUGGGCGGCGGCGAUCACCCGGACGUCGUGACGUGCAAGAUUUGCGUGGAGACCGGGGCGCCGAGAUAUAAAAACGGACGGAGCUUCACGGAGAUUCGAGAGGACGAGAAGAGGGAGAAGGCUGAGAAACGAAACGAGAAGAAGUUCAACGAGAUGUUCGGCGAUCCCACCUCGGACGAGCCCGCCGCGGGGAUGUUCCGCAGGGAGUCCGCGACGCCGGAGGAGGCGCGCGAGGCGGUGCUCGUCGUGCAAGAGCGCAUGCGGCACCUCAUCAACGACAGAGGCUUGCCGGAUGAGAAGAAGGAAGAGUACGGGAAGAUGUUCGCGGACGCGGGGUACGAUCUGGAUAAGAUCAUGACGCUCGACCCGGGGUUGGAGUUUGGAGGGUUGCCGCCGCGGGCGCGCGGGAGGGAGUGAUCGCGUCGCGUCGCGUCGCGUCGCGUCGUCGAGGGACGCGCGCGAGUAGGACGUUGUUACGUCAGGUUGUCGUGAACGC